GCUGUCACUCCAUUGCUCUGGCUCUCUGCUCUGCGCACACGCGCGCGCUCUCCUCCCUUUCCCUUCUCUUCCCUCUCUCUUAUCAGUCUCCCUCAGUCCCUCCCUCUUUCCUUCUCAGUUUGUUAUUGACCCAGCAGCCCCAUCCCCUUUCAACGCAGUGCCGCCGGCACUCCGCCGCCGGUACUGGGUGCUGCGUGCCUGCUCCCUGCUCCCGAUGAACCGGGGACUCCGGGACUCUGCAUCCGGAGCCCACCGGGCUCGCUUGGCGCUCAUGUCUGGAUUUUAGAGCUGCCUGAUCUAAGGGGCUUAGGGUCCCAACGAGGAAAGAAGAGCAAGCUGCUGUCUGCACACCUGGCCUGUUCCCAGCCCUCUGUGAUCUCACCAUCUCCUCCAUGGCCCUGUCUCUCCUGCGCCAGCAGCUGUUGCAGCAUGAACCCCUGAGCUGAUGAGUCUUAUUAUAGACUGGCUGGCGGAAGAGGGAGCACUGCAAUUCACCUCCAAGGCGACUGUGGAGGCGGAAGCAGGGGCCCACCCAACAGCUCACACCUGACCUGCCAGCAGACACUGAAAGGGUCUGGCCUCUGUCUCCUGGGCCAUGGACUGACAGGCAGAGCACCCUGAGGGGCUCCUCUCUCCCCAGAGCUGCCGGGCCUAGAGAGCCGUGGGGUUCACCAUGCUGGCACCGGGUAGUGGCCCUGAGCAGAGGACCAGGCUUGCCCUGCAGUGGAGGCAGGUCUCCUGGAUCACCUGCUGGAUCGCCCUAUAUGCUGUGGAGGCCCUCCCCACCUGCCCUUUCUCCUGUAAGUGUGACAGUCGCAGCCUGGAGGUGGAUUGCAGCGGCCUGGGUCUCACUGCUGUGCCUCCGGAUGUGCCCGCUGCCACCCGAACCCUCCUGCUCCUGAACAAUAAGCUGAGUGCCCUGCCAAGCUGGGCUUUUGCCAACCUGUCCAGCCUGCAGCGGUUGGACCUGUCCAACAACUUCCUGGACCAGUUGCCCCGCUCCAUUUUUGAAGACCUGACGAAUCUGACGGAGCUGCAGCUACGCAAUAACAGCAUCAGGACCCUGGACAGGGACCUGCUGCAGCACUGCCCGCUGCUCCGCCACCUGGACCUGUCCAUCAACGGCCUGGCCCAGCUGCCCCCUGGGCUUUUCGAUGGACUCCCGGCUCUGCGCUCUCUGUCUCUCCGCUCUAACCGCCUGCAGAACCUGGACCGACUGACGUUUGAGCCCCUGGCAAGCCUUCAACUGCUGCAGGUUGGGGACAACCCCUGGGAGUGCGACUGUAACCUUCGAGAAUUCAAACACUGGAUGGAAUGGUUCUCCUACCGAGGGGGGCGCCUGGACCAGCUGGCCUGCACACUACCCAAAGAGCUGAGGGGGAAGGACAUGCGCAUGGUCCCCAUGGAGAUGUUCAACUACUGCUCCCAACUGGAGGACGAGAACAGCUCAGCCGGGCUGGAUGUUCCUGGGCCACCCUGCACUAAGGCCAGCCCAGAACCCGCUAAGCCCAAGCCUGGGGCUGAGCCUGAGCCAGAGCCCAGCACAGCCUGCCCCCAGAAGCAGAGGUACCGACCAGUGAGCGUGCGGCGAGCCAUCGGCACAGUGAUCAUUGCAGGCGUCGUCUGCGGCAUUGUCUGCAUCAUGAUGGUGGUGGCGGCUGCCUAUGGCUGCAUCUAUGCCUCCCUCAUGGCCAAGUACCACCGGGAGCUCAAGAAGCGCCAGCCCCUGAUGGGGGACCCUGAGGGCGAGCACGAAGACCAGAAGCAGAUCUCUUCUGUGGCCUGAGAGCCCACCCCACCUAGCCCAGGUAGGAAGGGCAGGAGAGCUCAUCAGAGAUGGCUCUGGAAAGGGCUGGCUCUUCCCCCCAUCAUGGUCCCUGCCUUAGCCUGACACUGGCCACUGCUUCCCCAAUGACGUUCUCCUCCCCAGCCCUCCAGCAGUGUAGCCAUAGUGUCACCAUCUCCAUGGACUUCCAGGUCUCCCUGGAAGCUGACAUUGUGCUGAAGGCUCCUGCGUGUGCUCCUCUUAGGGUCACCACAUCUUUGGAACACCUGGGGGUUCUCCCUAAGCUUCUGACCACUGGAAAAAAGAACAUAUGUGCAAGAGGAGCCUUCUGGACUGAGCCCGCCCAUCACCCCUCCUGCCCUGGGGGUGGUCACAGCUGGGUGACUCUCCCUAUCUCUUGCUCAUUCCCACCUUAACUGCAUUUAGGGGGCAGGGAGGGAGUGAUAUGGGAGCCAGGGAUAGAUUUCUGUGAGUCUUUUCUAAGCCAGAAAGGUAUUGUUAGCCCCUCUGUAGUGUGAAAGCUGAGUCCUGCUUUCAGUGGCUGGUACUAAUGUGCAAAGGCACCAACCCUGUGAUCUGGACACAGCACUUAGAAACACAACGCUGUGAUUACAGCAUCCUGUCCUGGCACAUGCCAGUAUGUCCCUGUAUCUGCUAUGGACCACUCUGACCACACUGUUCCAGGAUUCACUGAAAUUCCCUCACACACACUCACAGCAUCACCAGCAUAGUCUCAUGUAUUAAAAUCACACACACACACACACUCACACACACACAGAGGUCACAUGGAGACAGAGGCCAUACCAACUUGAGUGGCAGACAGGCUCUCCCCCUCAGGUCUCUAGCUAGCCCUGACCACAGAGCUGCUCACUGACCGCAGUCUUCUCAAGUCGAUGGGGCUCGGGGAGGAACACAAACCAAUGACACAGGAUUCUUUUGAGAUCCCCUAAAAUGGGCCAAAGUGGUGCUGCUGGAUGAGCCUGCCGUCACCAUGGUAACCUGCUCACACCUCUCCUACUGGGUUUUCCAGGGACAAGGCCGGAAGGCCUGGAAGCUGCUGCAUGUGUGGACAGCAGCCUCCUGAGAGCCCAGCCACACGCUGAGUGUUCCCUCAUGAACUGUGAGUGCAUCCUCACUGCCAGGCCAGCGGGGACACCCAUCAGUUCCAUGCCUGCAACCUCAGCACUGCUGUUCCUCACCCUCCACCCCCUCCAUCUCCAGCAUAUUUCACCUGUGACCUUGGGGCUGGGACUGGGCUGUGCUCUAGGAGUGGCGGCCCCCCGAAGGGAAAGCAGGUGGCGGGCAGACGGCACACUGGCCCUCGCAGAGGCUCAGUGACUGCCAACAUAUCCUUAUAAGACUUCAGGGACAGGACAAGGGACAGGCAGUCACAUUCUAUUCAGAUUCCUCAGGGCUGGGACUUCCUAUCCCAGGGGUAUGUCUACUCAGUCUGAUUCCCUAGCGCUUCUAAUUGCACUAGACUAGGGUCCAAAGUAGGGAGUGUGCCAGGGGUCCUGUCUGGGACAGACGCACCUGCCUCCGGGGCUGUGCGAGUUUUCAGGGUCACUGUUCCCUGUUGUAGCCUGCCCUGUCCUUGGAAGUCUGGUGUGUGGUGAGUACCUAGGUCUCCCUCUGCUGGAAUCUGGGUUCCUCAUGCUCAGAGAGGACCAGGAAAUGCCACGCUGGCUUCUGACUCUGUGGUCAGAGCCUUGGGACUAGCACAGAAAGAGGCCAACCUGGAAGGAAGGGUCCAUGGAGGGGAUCAGGGCAGGACAGGGCAGGCCCAGCUUGCCUCCCACUCCUCCUUACUCCAAGAGUGUGGGGGGUGGAGGGCGUGGAGAGCCUUCAAGAAGGUCAUUCUCCAGCAGGUGGACAGAGGACACCCCAGCACAAGGCGUGGGCUACUUAUCAGAUUACAUGCCUGCCCCAGGCUGGGGGCACAGUCUUCCUUCCUCUUUUGGCUUGUGGACUGAAAUCAGAGCUGGGGAUUUUCUAAAGGGAGUCGGGGGAGGGGAGGGCCUUGUCAGUGGUGGUAUCUUUAGCCUGAGACAGAAGAUUUUUA